GUGAAGAGUAGUCUCCAGUUGGAUCCUGCUAGCUAGUAGUAUGGAUAGCACCCUAGACGGUUCUGCUUCACACGUUACAAACUUGGAUCAUAUAAUACGCUCCACUUUAGACCCUGUUAGUAUAUAUAGCACCCCAGACGGAUCUGUUAUACACCACAUCCACCAUUAAUUCACCAACUUUAUGAAGAGGACCAUGAGAGCCUUCUUAAUUCUCAGGUUGCUAACUAUUGCAACCAUUACUACUAGUAUUGGUUCAUGCAAUGGAAACCUGGGUGUGCCUUGUAAACAAAGCGAAAAACAAGCGCUUCUCAUUUUCAAGCAAGAUCUUAUAGAUCCUUCAAAUCGGCUUUCAUCAUGGGUUGCUGAAGAACAUUCCAACUGCUGCAAUUGGGCUGGAGUUGUCUGUCAUUACUCCACCGGCCACAUCCAUGAGCUGCAUCUCGAUAACCCCGACUAUUUGGUGGAUUCCAACUCUUCCUUGGGCGGUAAGAUAAAUCCUUCCCUGCUCAAUUUAACGCAUCUCACCUACUUUAACCUAAGUAACAAUAACUUUCAAGGGACAAAGAUUCCUGGCUUCUUUGGUUCUCUAAAUAGUUUAACUCAUCUUGACCUCUCACAAGCAAGCUUCGGAGGAAUGGUUCCUCAUCAAUUGGGAAAUCUUUCCAGUCUAAGCCAUCUCUUUCUUGGUGGCGACGGCCAGAAAGUUGAGAACAUGCAAUGGAUUUCUGGUCUUUCUCAAUUGGAACACCUGGACAUGAGUGAAGUUGAUCUUAGCAAAGCAUCUGAUCAUUGGCUGCUAGUGACAAACAUGCUCCCCUCUUUGGUAGAAUUAAGCAUGAGCGGUUGUCAACUUCAUAGCAUUCCACUUCUACCUAUCAUCAAUUUUACUUCUCUUGCCAUCCUUGAUCUUUCUUGGAACAGAUUUAAUUCUUUGAUGCCCGGGUGGGUUUUUAGUCUUAGAAAUCUAGUUUCUCUUCAUUUGGAGGGUUGCAAGUUCCAAGGUCCAAUUCCCAGCAGUCCACACAAUAUUACGUCUCUCAGGGAAAUUGAUCUGUUCAUGAAUGAUUUUAGUCGUUCGAUACCUGAGUGGUUGUUUAACCACAAAGAUCUCACUCUUUUGGAACUGGGAUUCAAUGCACUUGAAGGGUCACUGCCAGAUGGUAUGGCGAAUAUGACUGGUCUUAAAAUUCUUAAUCUCGAUGGGAACCGAUUCAAUUCAACCAUACCUGAGUGGUUGUAUAGUUUUAACUAUCUUGAGUCCUUGAGUCUAUCUGUCAAUAACUUUCAGGGUGAAAUUUCAAGUUCCAUUGGGAACUUGACAUCCAUCAUCAGCCUAGAGUUGGGUUUAAAUCUGUUGGAAGGGAAGAUCCCAAAGUCAUUGGGAAAUCUUUGUGAAUUGAUGGUUCUUGAUCUUUCAUGGAACCAUAUCACGGUUGGAAGGUUUUCAGAAAUAUUUGAAACUUUGUCUGCGUGUGGUUCAAAUAGAAUCAAGUCAUUGUCUUUCAGUUCCUGUAAUAUUUCUGGUCAGUUAACAGAGCAGGUAGGAACCUUUACAAACUUGAGCUCCCUUGAUCUUUCUAAUAAUUCAAUAUCAGGUCCCAUUCCAGUGUCCCUGGCUAAUCUGUCACGCUUAGAAACUUUAGACAUCUCUCGGAAUCAGUUCAAUGGAACUGUUCCAGAAAGCAUUGGCCAACUCAAAAUGCUAACGAUUUUGGAUAUGUCCUAUAAUUCAUUGGAAGGUGCAGUCUCUGAAGUUCAUUUUUCUUGUCUGACAAGAUUGUUAGACAUCAAUGGAAACAAAAAUUCAUUGAUGCUCAAUACUAGUCGAGAUUGGAUUCCUCCUUUUCAACUUCAGUACCUAAGAUUAGAUUCUUGGCAUAUAGGGCCUGAAUUUCCUACGUGGAUUCAGCGACAAGUCCAGUUAAAGGGUGUAAGCUUAUCUAGUACAGGACUUUCGGGUACCAUUCCAAAUUGGGUUUGGCACUCAUCUUUAGGUUCUCUUGAUCUCUCUCACAAUCAAUUGCAUGGAGAGAUCCAAAGUUUAGUUGCUUCCCAGUUGUCAAUAAUUGACUUAAGUUCUAACCAGUUCAACGGUUCAUUGCCUCUUGUUUCUUCCAAUGUAAGCAUACUGGAUCUUUCCAAUUCAUCAUUUUCUGGAUCUGUCACCCAUUUCUUUUGUGAAGGACCAAAUAAGAAACUUGAACUUCUUUACCUUGGGAACAAUCAUCUCGUUGGGAGAAUUCCUAAUUGUUGGAUGAAUUGGAAAAGCCUGAAAUUUGUGAAUUUGGAAAGCAACAAGUUGACUGGGAAUAUUCCAAGCUCCAUGGGAUACUUGCAAGGCCUCAUAUCACUUCACUUGCGCAAUAAUCAGUUAUCUGGGGAGUUACCGCUAUCAUUGCAGAAGUGUACUAAAUUGCGGGUUGUUGACCUUGGUCUAAAUAAGUUUGAGGGAAGCUUACCAACAUGGAUGGGAAAAAGCCUUCCAAACUUGGGGGUUCUUAACCUUCGUUCAAAUAAGCUUCAGGGUGACAUUCCACAUGAACUCUGCAAUCUCACAAGUCUCCAAAUCUUGGACAUUGCCCAUAACAAUCUCUCCGGAACAAUACCAAGAUGUUUCAACAGUCUUGCCAUGAAUACAGUGUCAAAAUCAUUUUUCUUAGUUUUAAGUACACUUCGCCAAGAUACUUUUGAUUGGUGGGUUAAAGAAUUUACUUUUGGAGGAAAAUAUAGCGAUAAUGCGGUAUUGGUGACGAAAGGGAGAGAAGUGGAAUACAGCAGCAUCCUUGGAUUAGUAACAAGCAUUGACCUCUCCAAUAACAUUAUAUCUGGGGGGAUUCCUGAGGAACUGACCAGCCUCUUUGGCUUGCACACAUUGAACUUAUCAAACAAUCUUUUGACCGGAAGAAUCCCUUCAAAGAUUGGUAAUUUGGGUCAGUUAGAAUCUCUUGAUUUGUCGAAGAACCAUCUUUUUGGUGAAAUUCCUACAAGCAUGACCAAAAUGACAUUUCUGAGUCGCUUGAACUUGUCAUACAACAAUUUGACGGGACGGAUUCCAGAAAGCACUCAGCUUCAGACCCUUGAUCAAUCCAGCUUUGUUGGCAAUGAACUUUGUGGUCCUCCACUCAUCAAGAAUUGCAGUGCAAGCAAGGUGACACCACCAACAGUUGAGCAACAGAGAGGAUAUGAUUUACUUGACGACAAGUGGUUCUACCUGAGCUUGGGAUUGGGAUUCGCGGUUGGUUUUUGGAGUAUACUUGGCUCCUUGCUCAUUAACAUGCCAUGGAGCUUUGCUUUUUCGCAAUUCCUCAAUAGCAUUGUGCUUAAAAUUUAUGCUUUAAUUGUUGAGUAUGUUUAGCUAGUUACUUCUGUUCUUGCUGAAAAGAACUAGUAUGCUCUGAAUUGUGUCUGUAAGUUCUCGCAUAAAUAAACAACUCCGAAAAUGGAGACUUUGCUUUGAAUUAGUAUUAUUGAUGCAGAACAGAUGGCUGCCCAAUUUGAAGAACAAUUGGAUCGUGCUAAAGGAGGAAAACGAAAAGUGACUAGUAGACGCGAAACAGCUCCACGGAGUCCAUUUGGGACGCACCUUACCUUUCCGGAAAGGGAAUCGCGCCAGAAAUCAAACUCGUUGCUUUGCCACGACCUGUGACCUUUUUCCUGGCUUUCGGGGUCGUUUAGGGCCUCAAAACUGCAUUUUUCUAUUUUCCGGUGUUUUGGUUUUCCUAGUUAUUUUCGGGUUGUUUUUGUUUUUACCCAUGGGCUUUAGGGUUUCUUUGUUAGUCGCCCUAGGGUUUAUUUUCUUAUAAAUAAGCCGCCUUAAGGCUGCAGAAUGCAUCUUUUAUCUUAUUAUCAAUAAAAUUGAGAUUGUUCUCUUUUAUC